UGGCCUCGGGUCAUCCUCCGCACCGCUCGGGGUGCAGCGCUCGCGCCCCGCUUCCCCCGUCCUCACCGGCGGCGUGAAAAAAAUCACCCGUCCAGCCGAGACCCGGGAAGGCAGAGGAUAUGCUUCAGCACGAACUAGUUUUGCAAAACACGAAACACAGCCGCUUUCCUACCAUUUCUUCUCUAAUCGUUUGAGAAAACUGACACCCCAGGAGCCGGAGCAUUGAUUCUUGAAGCUGAAGGCGUGAAUGAUCUUCGGAGUAAUCAACGUAAAGUUGAUCUCAGCAAGGCGACCGCGGUACACAGAUGCUGUAAGUAAAACUGCUGUGCCCAGCACCAGGAACUUUCCGGCAAAAAUGAAGGUAUCAGUCGUGUUCUUCAGCUUCCUUUUGUGUCACAGUAAAGCAUCACACAGUUGCUGGACAGUAUUACUCCAGGUGGUGUUCGCUUGCUUAGUUAGAUUUUGGGAAGUCAGGCUAGUCCUAUGAACCGUAGGGGCUCACAAGCACCAAGUGGUUAAUUUUUCUGUAAAUGCUUGGGGACUGGUGGUGAAAAAAAAAAGCAUCUGGUCUCAAAGCCAGCAUACUCCUUAGCGUGAGGGAGGCUGAAGUGUGCUUCUGUCGUUUCUGAACGGGAAAUGGUGUCAAACCUCGAUUCGCUCACUGCAGUGUCGCACUUUAGUCGACCCUACAGUCACCGAAACGAAGUUGCUGAUGGCCUGAGAUGUGCAAGAACGAAGCCCAGAACCGCCUCAGAAAGACACUGAAGACCUAAGCCUGACUUCCUGGCUGCAUUAGGAAUCCGAGAUCAGACCUGAAAAACUGUAUUUUGGAGUCGUGUGAGUGCAUAAAGCAAUGCGAACCUUUUUCUUUUUGCAGAAGGGAGCAGGCUUCCCCGUGUGCAGCGCAGGGGUCCCCACUGGUACAGGAUGUUGCCUGAUGCGAAUCCCGUUACUUUUCUCGUCGCCGGUACCUCACGGAUCCUCCCCAGUUAGCACCUGAGCACCGGCACGCAGACGAGGAAGGAGGGCAAUCUCUCCCCACUUUGCUUGGCUCCGCUCCGCUUUCGCCUCAGUGUUUGAAUCGCUGUCAAGCAACAGUAGCCGGGGGGCGGGGGUUGGGACGAGGACGACGGGGACGGGACGGGGGGACGACAUCUCUCGCCUACCUCUUCCAUAUUUAACCAUUACCUAAAUCCGAAGGGAAAUGAGCAAACCUCUAGGCUUGGGUCUUAAGGUAUUUUCAGCGCCGCUGGGCGUAUUUAUCCCAGAAGAGUUUUCCACAACAAGUUAUUUCAAGCCUAGGAGAGGUCUCCGUUGCCGAGGGCCCGGCCUUAGCCCCGAUAACAACGCCAUGCCCGGCCCGAUGGCGGCGGGAGGUGUGUUCCCCACUGCCGGGCCAAGGGCAGGGGAUGCAGCGCGGAGCGGGCAGGGCGAGCGCCGGCUGCCCCAGCCCCUGCCCUCUGCCCGCCCGAAUCAAUCUGUGUUUUGAAUCUGUGACUUGUUCUCGUUGCGGAAGUCGAAGGGGAUCCAAGAAUAGUUCAGAUAGAUCUGUGUAAUUUCUAGAGCAGAACCCCGAGAGAAACGAAACGCCCGAUUCCAAAAUGACACUUCGAUGUCACUUCAGCGAGCUCUGUGAGGUGGAAUACGAAGCUCCUAACUAACGCUCAGGAAGUGGAAUUUGUGGUUUAGGGGGCCGAGCUCUGAAGGAGUUGAGAGAGACAGAAAAGUUAAAAAAAAAAAGCCAACUCAAGCACCAUUGCUCCUUAAAGGGAGACUAAAUUUAAAGUCACACAAAUUAGCAGGCUGCCGCGCAUACCCCGUCCGCAGCCCAGCUCUCUUCGGCCCUCCAAAUGGGUCGCCUCCCCGCCGCCGCCCCGCAGGCGAUUCGGGGGUGACGCUCGCCGCCGCCGCCGCUGUGCCCCGCGCUUAGAGAGGGAGUGCGGCCGUGCCGGCCCUGACAGCACCCCACCAUGCCGAGGUCUUUCCUAGUGAAGAGCAAGAAAGCGCACAGCUACCACCAGCCUCGUUCCGCUGACGAGGACUACAGCCUGCGGCUGGAGACGGUGCUAGCCCAGAUCUGUGCAGACCCCUGCAAGAUCCCCGAGGACACGGAGCUGUGCCGCACCGCCCUGCCCGAUCCGGAGCCUUCCCGGGGGCGUUUUUCCCCGGAAUCCCACCUUACCGAGGCUGCCGAUGGCACCUCCGAGUCAGCGCCCAGCUGCGAGGGCAGUGUCUGUGACAGAGUGUCCGAGUUCGAGGACUUCUGGAGACCUCCCUCGCCCUCCGUCUCGCCAGCCUCGGAGAGAUCUGUGUGUCCAUCCCUAGAUGAAGCACCCCCUUUCUCAGUGCCCUUCAAGCCGUACAUGUGGAACAGCCUGGGUGGCUCCGAGCUCAGGCACCUCGUGCAAAGCUACAGGCCCUGCCCGACGCUGGAGCGGACCUCAGCCCUGGGGCUCUUCUGCGACCGAGGCUCGGAGCCCGCCCUCUAUGGCGCCGAGUGUAGCUCCUCCCUGGGACUGUAUGGUGACUUCAGCUCUCCGGGCCCGGGGCUGUUUGAGCGGCCGCCAGCAGCAGCUCCUGGACUCUAUGCUGAAACGCAGCCUGGACUGCAGCAGGAGAAGGGGCCAGGCGGCAUCAAAGUGGAGUCUGACCUCUUGUGCCGCCCACUGCUCAUCAGCACUGGCUCUUACAAGUGUGUCAAGUGCAGCAAGGUCUUCUCCACACCGCAUGGCCUUGAGGUACACGUGCGCCGCUCACACAGCGGCACGAGGCCCUUUGCCUGUGACAUGUGUGGCAAGACCUUCGGCCAUGCAGUCAGCCUGGAGCAGCACAAGGCCGUGCACUCACAGGAACGCAGCUUUGAUUGUAAGAUUUGCGGCAAGAGUUUUAAGAGAUCUUCUACUCUGUCCACCCACCUGCUCAUCCACUCAGACACCCGACCCUAUCCGUGCCAGUACUGUGGGAAGCGGUUCCACCAGAAAUCUGAUAUGAAGAAACACACCUUCAUUCACACAGGUGAGAAGCCUCAUAAGUGCCAGGUGUGUGGAAAAGCCUUUAGUCAAAGCUCCAACCUCAUCACCCACAGUCGGAAGCACACAGGCUUCAAGCCCUUUGGCUGUGAUCUGUGUGGCAAAGGCUUCCAACGAAAGGUGGAUUUACGGAGACACCGGGAGACGCAGCACGGCCUGAAAUGAGUCCAAACUACAGUACAGAAAGGGCUACAACACUAUGAGAACAGACUCCCUUGGCUUCCCUGCUGGACCCAAGCCCUGUCUUGAACACAGACCCUGGCAUUACCUUUCUGAACAGGAGCUCAAACAGGAAAGAAGAGAACAGAGCCAUGUGUUGAAGCUCAACCUGAAUGACUGUGAAGGGGCAAAGUAAAGACUGGGGUUUCUCUCCUUCUCUUCCCCUCAUUGUUUCUGAAAUAACACUGAAAUACAAGCCUUUUAGAUAUAAAGCCUAAUACUCCAAAGAUGGAUAAGCUAUCAAAUAUCUGCAAGCUGGAAAAUAUUUCUCCCAUGGCCAUGAUGAACCCCUUCAAGUUUUCAGUAGCUUGAAUCAGCUGGCAGGAAAACAUGGGUACAACAGUGUUUACAUGGGGUAAUGACAGAGAGCCAUCAGCACCUGCCCCGGCUGAGUUCAGUGCUGAACGGGUUCACUCUUGGAUGACCUCCUGUCAGGAGAACCUGGAGGAACAGGACUGUGCAGUUUGACAUCUUGCUGGUUUUUAACCAAAGGUACCAGCUUGUGUCUGAUCCUGCUCUCACUUACUCUAGUGCAAAUCAGGAGCUGCAUUCACAGUUACAGAGAGGUCCUUUUUAUCCUCCCUGAACCACCUCUCUCUGUGCAAGGCCCGACUGCCAGUAUCUUUGAAGCAUGGAGGGUUACUUCUUCCUACAUCCACUAGGGAGAAGGAAGCUUGUGAAAGACCAGUGGAAAAGCCAAAGCACAGAAUUAUGCCUUAGAACUAGAAACCAAUCCAACAAGUGAACCUGCCUGAGGAGGGCAGGAGCACCAGGGAAGCACAGACUUUCCAUCCAGAACCAUUACUGGCUUAUGCACUCUGGGCUUGUUCUAAUAACUGGAAAAUAGCUACUUAAUAACAUCAGUUGUAUAUUUGUUUUUGUUUUUUUAAUUUUUAAAGGGAAACAUUCUGAGGUGGGCAGGACUUACUGUAAAAGUAUAAUUUACUUAAUUUGCCUUAACAACUCUGCAUGUACCUCAGUUUAAAAAAAAAAGCUGUUUUUACUUUGUUGACAAGUUUGUAAAUGUCCUUAUUUAGAUUUUAUGGAGUGUCUUACAUUUCUUGAUACAUAUUUAUUAGAACAAUGUUUUAAGUUAAUAAAGUAUCGAGGAUGGUC